AUGGAAAAAAUGGGGAGAAUCACUUUAAUUUUCUUAUUAUGUUUGGUCUCUGUUAGCACAUUUAUCGAAGCUGCCAAUGUUUCGUAUGAUGGAAGGGCAAUUACGAUUGAUGGCAAGAGAAGAGUCUUAAUCUCUGGUUCAAUUCAUUAUCCUCGUAGUACUGCUGAAAUGUGGCCAUCUUUGAUUGAGAAAGCAAAAAAAGGUGGACUUAAUGUUAUUGAAACAUAUGUUUUCUGGAAUGCUCACGAGCCUCAACGUCGCCAGUAUGACUUUUCUGGAAAUCUAGAUCUCGUGAGAUUUAUUAGAACGAUUCAGAAUCAAGGGCUUUAUGCCAUGCUUCGAAUUGGUCCAUACGUGUGUGCAGAAUGGAACUAUGGGGGUUUUCCGGUGUGGUUGCACAACAUUCCAAACAUCGAAUUUAGGACCAACAAUGCUGUUUUUGAGGCUGAGAUGAAAAACUUCACGACUUUGAUAGUUGACAAGAUGAGCAGUGAGAAGCUCUUUGCAUCACAAGGAGGACCCAUUAUUCUUGCUCAGAUUGAAAAUGAAUAUGGAAAUGUGAUGCAAUCAUAUGGUGAAGGUGGUAAACAAUAUGUCCAAUGGUGUGCUCAACUGGCUGAAUCUUACCAAAUUGGUGUUCCUUGGGUCAUGUGUCAACAGAAUGAUGCUCCUGAUCCCUUGAUUAACACGUGUAAUGGGUGGUACUGUGACCAAUUUUAUCCUAACAGCAAGAACAAACCGAAGAUGUGGACCGAGAAUUGGACUGGCUGGUACAAGAAUUGGGGAGGACCAAACCCACAUAGAACUGCUGAGGAUGUUGCUUUUGCUGUUGCACGAUUUUUCCAAUAUGGUGGCACAUUCCAAAACUACUAUAUGUACCAUGGAGGUACCAAUUUUGGACGAACUUCAGGAGGCCCAUACAUCACCACUUCAUAUGACUAUGAUGCUCCUUUGGAUGAAUAUGGUAAUUUAAAUCAACCUAAGUGGGGACAUCUAAAAAGACUUCAUGAGCUCCUAAAAUCAAUGGAAAAAGUCUUGACUCUAGGUUCCUCCAACAACGUUGAAUAUGGAAAUAUGAUGACAGCCACAGUUUUUAGUUAUGCUGGAAAAUCAGUUUGCUUUCUUGGAAAUGCAAAUUCGACAAAUGAUGCUACAAUUAACUUUCAAAACAACCAAUACAUUGUUCCUGCAUGGUCUGUGUCUAUCCUUCCAGAUUGUAAUACAGAAGUUUACAACACUGCAAAGGUCAAUGCUCAAACAUCCAUAAUGGUCAUGAAGGAUGAAAAAAAUAAGAAAGAAGAAUCACACACAUUGAAGUGGCAAUGGAUGUAUGAGCCUUUCAUUCAAAUGAAAAAUGGCACAAUCCUUGGUUCUGUUUCUAUGACUUCUCCUAACCUUUUGGAUCAAAAGGUUGUCACGAAUGAUACUAGUGACUACUUAUGGUACAUCACCAGUGUUGACAUUAGCAAAAGUGACCCUAUUUGGAACAAAGAUGUUAAGCUAAGAGUGAAAACCAACGGGCAUGUACUUCUUUUAUUUGUUAAUGGAGAACAUGUUGGUUCCCAAUAUGCUCGAUAUGGAAAAUACCAGUUCACUUAUGAGGCAAAGAUCAAAUUGAAGCUUGGGAAAAAUGAAAUAACUCUACUUAGUAGCACCGUCGGUUUACAUAACUAUGGUGCCCACUUUGACGAUGUGCCAGUUGGUGUUUGUGGUCCUGUUCAAUUGGUGGCACAAAAGAAUAACACUGAUGAGAUCGUCAAGGAUAUCACCAAAAAUGUGUGGAAUUAUAAGGUGGGAAUACACGGUGAGAAGGUGAAGAAUUACUCCCCUAGUAACACCAGAGAAUGGUCCACAACUCGUCUUCCAACAGAUAGAAGUCCCAUAGGAAUCCGACCUGUUGUGGUAGAUUUGAAAGGGUUAGGAAAAGGUCAAGCUUGGGUAAAUGGAAACAAUAUUGGUAGGUAUUGGCCCAGUUAUCUGGCAGAGGAGAAUGGUUGUAGUUCAACGUACCAUAUCCCACGCUCAUUUCUUCGUGAAGAUGAUAUAAACACGUUGGUGUUGUUUGAAGAGUUAGGAGGUCAACCCUAUGAAGUUAAAUUUGCGACUUCAACUGUUGGAAAAGCAUGUGGAAAUGCCUAUGAAGGACAUGAAUUGGAACUAGCAUGCGAUGAGAACCAAGUCAUAUCUGAAAUUAAAUUUGCUAGCUUUGGUGUGCCGGAGGGUGAAUGUGGAUCCUUUAAAAAAGGCCAUUGUGAAUCUGAUGAAGCUUUAUAUGUUGUGAAAAGGCGAUGUGUUGGCAGGCAGAGAUGUCUUAUUCAUGUUAAUAAGAACGUGCUUGGACCUACUGGGUGCAAAGUCCCACAGAAUAGACUUGUAGUUGAAGCAGUUUGCGAAAUAACAAGCAAUGAAUUUAGGAAGCACUAG